AUGGCCGGUGUGUAUAGGGGUCCUGGUGCCACACAAUCGGAGGACCAACAGACUAUCCAGGCACUAGACAACAUGGCUCGAAAUUCGACCAGACUGGUCGCCAUGGGUGACUUCAAUCUUAGCAUUGCUGGGUGCCCACCUAGUGAGCAUAUCAUCGAAGGAAUUCUGGACGCUCGAUUGGCCGUGUCCAUAUUCAGUCCUGUGGAAACUGACCUGACCUGA